AUGCUGCUUCGUUCCUUCAACCCAGCGUUGAAGACCCACUUUAGGAAGACAGCUAGACCUCAAUUUCUGUAUGGGUUUCGAAAUGUCAUUCACGCGGACGCCUGCCAGUCGAUCUUAGACAAGCUCCAACUCAAGGAUAAGUACCCCAACUCGGAGGGAAGAGUAGAUGUGAUAGAUGUUUUUUCUGGCCAUGGAUUGCUAUCGACAAUGAUAAAUUACGAGUUGAAACCAAGGAACCAUCUUUUGAUUGAACAUCACAGGGAGCAUGUUAAAACUUGGGAGGAUAGAAUCAAGUACCUCAAAUCACAUACCCAGAAUUCAGAGAACUUCAUGCUAGCCCCACAAGACGGACAUUCAUGGUCGACAUAUGACGAUUUGUUUCUCGAAAAGAAGAUUUUUGAACCCGAAUUCCAGCCGAGAUCUAAAGUGCACGAUCAGUUGCUCGUUGUGGCCAACCUAACGUCUGCCAAAAUGGGUGAAUCGUUAUUUGCUCAGUGGCUCAUGUGCAUUGCUCAUAAGAACUGGCUACAAAAAUACGGACGAGUCAGAAUGGUGGUUUUGGCACCUGAGACCGUUGUUCAAAAGUUCUUUGCGGGGCCAUAUUUUAUAAAGAGGAACAGAACGUCAGCUAAGCGAGGCAUGUUCUCUGAUUCGAAGCUAAUAGCGAUUGCCCAACCUGAUGAGCAUGGUCCACAUAGCGCAGGAGACGGAUAUGACCCUCGUUUAGUGAUAAAGGAUCAGCCAGUGCUACUACCUAGCUCUUCAAUUACACCGGUGGGAAAUGAACUCGCAGUGGUCGAGGUUAUACCAAAGGAGCUCGAUGAAGUGGACGUAAACGAGAUAGAUCAUUUGACCCAGUCGAUGCUGUUUAGAAUGACAAAUAAUAUCGCAAAUGCAUUCAAGAUUUUGGCUCCAGGAGCUGAGGACGAUCUUGUUCCGAAGAUACCAAAGGAAACACUACACAAAAAGUUCAAGCAACUAACCGACGAAGAAAUAUGGCAGUUAUACAAUAUAUACCACAAAUGGGAGUUCAAACCACGCUACGAAGACACAAUUAGUGUGUUUUUGGACGACUCAAGACAUUUCUAG